UGUACGUAUGUACGUAUGUAUGUAUGUAUGUAUGUAUGUAUGUAUGUAUAAAAGCUACAAUGACAAACAAUGCGAUCUGUAUAAAUCAGUAUAGGCAAAAAUAGAUUUGUGAUCUUCCAUAGUUGAUACGAUAAUCAUUAAAAUAAUAUAGUAUUCGAAAUGUAAUGACAGAUAGUACUUAUUAUGCAUGUUUUUUUUGAAAAAUAUCGUAUUGUUGCAAUUCAGUAGAAAUAUAACUCUUAAAGUUUAAAUUUAAAGCGAAAGAAAAAAAAAUAAGCAAAAGAAUGAAACAAUUUAUUAUUCGGUCUGUAAUAUAAAAAUAAAAAAUAACAAUUUCUAUUCUACCAUCUAAUUGAUUAUUAUUCAACAAUGUAUAUGAGUAAAGAGUGAUCAUUGAAAGUUCGCGCGAACUGUUUAGAUUUGUUGUAUUCAAAUUUACGUGGUAUUUUUUAAGUAAAAUUUCUUUUUAUUUAAAUAACGAUAAUCGAUUAUAUAGAUUAUUGUUAUUAUUAUUAUUGUUUAAAAGGAGUCCAAUGACAUUUGAUAUUGCUAACUUCAAGGUACAACGGUGACUUGCGCGGGAUAUUUUAUAGAGAGAGAGAGAGAGAGAGAGAGAGAGAGAGCUUUUAUUCAAAGUAUAAGCUCUACCUACGAACGAUGGUUGCUCGAAGUUGACCAGUCAGUAAAAAGCGUUCGUUCGAGACACUUCUAACGUUCAUUCAAUCUUUCGGUUAUCGUGUUAUUUAUAUUUUCAUAUUAUCGAUAUUAAUGAUUUCAUUAAAAUCAAAUAAAUAAAAUGUAAAGUUCAGUAAUCAUCCGUUCAACAAAGUACGAUCGGCAUUUGAAUUUUUAAAUGUUGGCGCGAAAUUUCAAAUGUUCGUAAUAUCUGAAAGUGUCGCAUUAUCAAAUUUGAAAAAAAUAUUAAUAUUUAGAUAAUAGUGAUGAUGCGGUGUCAAAAAAAUAUAUUUUAUUUGAAAGAUAAAUGUUUUUUUUAUAAAUGAUAACUAUCUUAACAUAAAUUUGUUAAAUUAGGUACAUUACCGAGUCUUAAAGAUCAUAAGGUACAAUUUAUUAUACCCAUUCAUAUAAAUUUAAAUGAUAAAUGUAGAACUUCUAAAAGAAUAAUGAUUAUAGUUGAAAGACAAGAUUUCUCAAGUUCAACGCGAUAUCUAUUUUCGUUUAUUAAAGGAGGAACGAAGACGAAACGUGUACGUACAUACAUAAAUCGUGAAAGCAACAUCAGAAUAUGUUGAAUUGCAAUAAAGUCAUUUAUUAACUCGCAGAUCAAAAUACGCCACAAAUGAACAAUCAUUGAAUAGAUGGAAAAAUUCGUCUGGGUGCUAUGAGGGUGUAUCGUUCUAUAAAAAAGAUGGCAGAUGUAGUAAAAGUCAAGAUUUGACGAGUGAGAAGGAAAAAAAAAAGAAAAAAAAACAAUGACAAACAUAAAUUCAUCCUACCGAUGGGGGAAAAACGAAUACGGCAGCAGAUAUCAUUUUUCUUAUUAUAGUCAGUUCGGAGAAAGGGAUGAAGCAGCUGCUGUAGAGGUGACAAUUCUGCUCAUUACGUUCAUCUCAGCAAUCAUCGUCAAUGCCGGGAUGGCCGUUUGUGUGCUCAGGUAUAAGGAGAUUAGAACGCCCACGAACUUGUGCUUGGUGAACUUGGCUGCAGCGGAUCUAUUGUUUGCUCUUGGUAUCCCAGUGGUUGCUUACACCAGAUUAACGCAAUCUUGGAAACUUGGUGACGUGGUUUGCGCGUUAUUACCAUAUUCCGAGCUUUAUUUUUUCGUAUUUCAGUACGUAUGUGGCUUUGUACUUUUAUGGACACUUACGGUUAUAUCGAUAGAUAGACACAAGUGUUUGGCAGUUGCACCGUAUAGAAGUAUUCUGACUAAUCGAAGAGUGCUUUUCAUUUGUUUAACAACGUGGAUCGUCGCUUUUUUGGUCUUUCUUCCUGUUGCAAUUUGGUUUAAACCACGGGCAGUCUCGGGUGGUGUUACAAUAUGUACUCUUGUAUUUCCACAGAAAUCAGUGGUGAAGAUAUCACUUAUUUUUACCAUAGUAACACUCACGUUUACUUGUCUCUUACCAAUGAGCUUGUUGGUCUAUUACUAUCAACAAAUAUUGAAAAAAAUCCUUAAUACCCGAGAUAGAUGGGCUGUACCCUGUGUUGCCCAGGAUUUAACUGCCGAUAAAGGAAACAGAAGAGACUCGGAAUUAUCGGUGGUAGGAUCAUUAAUACCUUGGGUUGGAAGAAAAUCAUCAACAACGUCGGUUGUAGAACGUACCGGUAGGACUGGCAGUCUGUCGCAACACGAAGAAAUACGUCUUCACAAGCAUAUACGUGUUAUGCGAAUUUUACUAUUAAACGUAGUCGCCGUUUUAGUUAUGUGGUUGCCGAUAACGAUCAUCGCUUUGUUGCUUUUCAUUGAUGCACAGAGGCCACCAGAACAAGCUGACUUUUUUAUGAGAUCUCAUCAUUUCAUAUGGGCACUUAUUACUGCUCAGUUGAAUACUGUGGUCAAUCCUAUUCUUUAUGGUGUUUUCUCAGAGAACUUUAGAGUAUGUGUUAACAAAAUUCUACGACGUUCUAAUAAAAAUGACGAACAAGAAGAUCGUAGUGCUAAUGGUUCAAAGAAAAGUGUCAAAUCAUUGGAUACCGUUCAAAAUCGAUUCGGUGGUCCAAAAAUACACAAUAGUUUUAGAAAUUCAUUGAAACAACCAAAAAGUUCCAGUUGCAGCAUGGGAAGUAUUAUAGAAAUGCCAUGUUCAGAAAAAAUUUAAGCAAUUUUUUUGUAUUGAAAAUUAAUUAAAAUAUUUAAUAAGUUUAUUUGUGUUCUUAUGAAUAAGUGAUAACU